AAGAAAAAAAAUUUAGUUGAUAGUAGAUAAAAUAGUGACCUGUAGAGAUCAAUGCGCGAAUAUUUCUUAAUAAAUAUCUUUCAUAUCGAGUGUUACGAUUGUAUUUAUAAGAUUGCUGCCUGAAAUUUUGAGGGAAGAUUUUUAAAAAUGGGAAAAGGAUUUAACAAUUACAUGUGCAAGAAAUUUUUUCAUCCGGCAUCACGAGAUAAUUUGAAGAGAGUAUGGAUGGCAGAACAACAAGCAGAAGCUUAUAAGAAGAAACAAGAGGAACUACGAGUGCAGUACGAGAAGGAACAAGAUCUUCAUAAUAAUAAAGCGCUUCUUAGCAAAGAAAGUAAGGAUAAACUUAGUGUCAACUUCAUGUACGAACCACCUCCUGGAGCAAAAAAAGAACGAGAAAAGGAAGAUAAUGAGCCUGAAUAUAAAUUUGAGUGGCAGCGAAAAUAUAAUGCACCAAGAGAAAGCUAUUGCAAAGGAGAUAGCGAAAUUCGAGAUCAACCCUUUGGCAUACAAGUGAGAAAUGUACGGUGUAUCAAAUGUCAUAAAUGGGGGCACAUAAACACAGAUAAAGAAUGUCCCUUGUACAGUCAAGCAAUGAGUGUUGUAAUGGCAAAUAAUUCGCAAACACCAUCUGCCCCAGAUACUAUGACACUUGUGCAACAAAUGCGGGAGGAUGGUCUGGCUCUGAAAAAAUCUGCAUUGGAUGCACAGCAACAUUUACGAGUUCCAGAACAUGAACAUCUUAUGGUCUCUGAAGAUGAGGAUCAAUCAGAAUUAUCAUUUUUAAAAUCUCUAUCAAAGAAGGAAAAGAAAAAAUUAUUAUUGAAAUUAGAAUUAUUGGAAAAGAAGAAUCGUAAAAAAGAAAAAAGGAAAUUGAAGAAAAAGAAGAGCAGUAAUAGAAAAUCUAAUACCAGCAAUGAUACUAGCAGUAAUAGCAGUAAUGAUAAUAGUGAUAACGACAGCAGUAGCGAUAGUAGUAAUAGCAGCAGCAACAACAGUAAUAAUAGUAGUAGUAAUAGUAUUAAUUCAGAAGAUAUCCAUUCAAGAAAAGACAGAAAGAAGAGAAAGAAACUUGAUUUUAAAGAAAAAUAUAUUUAUAAGAGUCACAAACAUAAAGGAAAACAAAGUGACAAGCAUAAAUAUAAAUAUAAGAUGGAUGGCAAACAUAAAGAUAAAAAUCGUUAUCAUAGAAAAAGACAAAUUAAAGACGAAGAUAAAGACAGAGAUAUCUCACGACAUAGUAAAAUGCAAAAAAAGCAUCAUUGAUAAUCAUUUAAAUUUUUAUAAAACGUCAAUGUAUCAUUUG